ACUCGGUGCAUAUCUUCUGCAUCAUUGAAGUCCUUGGUAUGUAUGAACAACCUCCUUUCGCCUUCCUGGUCACUGGAUGUGACGCCAGUGCCAAAUCCUCCGUGCAUGGUUUUUUCAAUGGCCACCUUCUAAGCAGCCUCGGUAUGUCCAGAAGGCAAAAUAAAUCCCGCUGGCCUAACAAAGUGUAAUUUCUUUCCUUCGUUUGCGAGGCAAAAGGUUUAACAUUCCGGUAUCUGUCUUUGGCUUUGCAUAGCUUCCUCUUCCCUGGCCCUCUUGAUCAUCCCAAAUUAAUCGAACAGCUUAUACUUCGGGUCAUGGGUGUCGGAGAAGCGAUCCGACGGGUUACUCCAUCGUGUUCGUCAGCGCAUGUUUCGCGAGGGAACGCUUAACCCGAUAUCAUAUCAAUCAAGCCUCUGUGUGCUGACUGAACUUAGUUACACUCGAUGGUUAAGACUACUUUGGAUCGCUGUGAUAUACUAUGGCUUCUACCGUCACCGGACACGGCCAACUAAACAAGCCGGGGAUUUCUCUCCCGCAGAUGCGACGAUAAUCUGCCCUACCGUCCAGCCUAAAGGAGCUCUAGUCGAUAAAUUGAAAUCAUGGUUGACGAACCAUCCCCGUGAAAUCAUGGUCGUAACCACCAUACCCUGGCUCCCAUCGGUGAGGGAACUCGUCCAACGAGUCAACGAUGCCCGCAUCGCGAUACACACCAUCGACGGGGGAGCGAAACGACCAGCCCUUGUGAGGGGAAUUCAGCAAGUAAAAUCACCCGUUGUGGCUCUUGUCGACGACCAUAUCAUCUGGUCUCCGGAUACCCUACACGGCCUUCUCAAUGUUCUUUCGGAAAGCUGCGAUGUUGGAGGCGUAACGCCCAUCAAGAACAACAAGAACCCAGAAACGACUGCCCUCGGAGCUAUUGCUGCUACUCGUCUCGACCGCAGGAGUAUGGCUAAUGCGGCCAUGGCGUACUUCACCAACGGGCAGGUCAUUGUCUGUAAUGGGAAGACAUUUGUUUAUCGCACGGAGAUUCUUCAA